AUGGAACGUAACGUGCGCGGCGGUCCAUACCACACGCUAAGCUUGCCUCGUCUCUACGUGGGUCCUGUAGGCCAGUUUAAGACCCUAAAGAGUGCAGUGGCAGUACAAAUAGCAAUCAUAAGGCAACUGUGUUUCGUAUUGCCCGGAGACAAAGGUCGAGUUGCCUUUGAGAAACUGACCGAACUGGACUACCGAGGCUCGACGUACUACACCAUCAGGAACCUCUCGCUGUGGGAGUGUCAGGGAUGGUGCAGGGAGGAGCCGGAAUGUGCCGCCGCGUCCUUCAGUUUCGUCAUGAACCCCUUAGCGCCGGUGCAGGAGACGCUGUGUUUACUUCAGAACGAGACCAUGGCUACCAACCCUUCUGCACAACCCCAGCGCGCGGUGUCCCUGUACUACAUGGUCAAACUGCACGUCAGGACGAACAAGGUGUGCAACCGACCAUGGACCUUCGAGCGAGUACCCAACAAGAUGAUCAAAGGCCUCGACAAUGCAGAGAUCUUUACCUCGUCGAAGGAAGGCUGCUUGGCGUCCUGCUUGAAUGAGGUGAGGUUCACCUGUCGAAGCGCCGAAUACAACUACGUGACGCUCCAGUGUUCCUUGAGCGAGUACGACCGUCGCUCCGUCGAGGACACGGUCGAGAUGGUGGACGUUCAAGGGGUCGACUACUUCGAGAACUUGUGCGUCCAAGCAUCGGGCGCUUGUCGAGGCGACCGGGAGUAUGAGCAGCCGCAGUUGGGUGUCCCUAUCAACUUUGUGUCUCAUUAUGUUGAUAUGCACUACUAUGUUGACAAAGAGCUCAUGGCAAACAGCGUAGCGGCCUGCGAGAGAGCGUGUGAGAUCGAGAACGAAUUCCUGUGCAGGUCCUUCCUCUAUAAGGGACCACCUACAGGCAACACCUACAAUUGCCAGCUCUUCCACCUCGAUCAUUUCACUCUCCCCGACGGACCUUCCACUUUCCUCUCCACCGACAGGCCUCUGCUUGACAACGGAGAGCGGACGGGCGUCUACUACGAAAACGUCUGCAAGAGAUCCUUAGACUCCAACGUGACAGGCAGCAGCAGCAGCGGCGGCGACAGCAGCAGCAGCAGCAGCAGCAGCAGCAGCAUUGGCAGCAGUAGCGGGGGAAGUGGAGGCAGCGGAACUGGCAGCGUGGGUGUCAGUGGAGCUGGGGGCAUCAACGGGGGCAUUCUGGGUAGUGGAAGCACGGUGGGAGGAAGCGACUCCACCAUCAAGCCGGUGGGUGCUUCUUCUGGAGGCUCCCCGCCGACGACCAACCAGGGGGGUGACAACUGUGAUCCCACUGGCGUUUGUUAUGAUGUAUCCGUGCACUGCAAGGACACGCGCAUCGUGGUGGAGGUGAUGACCAACAGGAACUUCAACGGCCGCAUCUACGCCCUCGGUCGCUCGAAGACGUGUAACAUCCAGGUCAUCCAGUCGAACAAAUUCCGCCUCGACCUCUCCAUGGCGGGUCAAGACUGUAACACACAGAGUGCUAACGGCGUGUACACCAACACCGUCGUCAUCCAGCACCACUCCGUCGUCAUGACCAAGACUGACAAGAUCUACAAGGUGCGCUGUACCUACGACAUGUCUUCGAAGAACAUUUCCUUCGGCAUGAUGCCCAUCAGGGAUCCUGACAUGAUUCCCAUCACGUCCGCCCCCGAGGCCCCUCUGCCCAGGAUCCGUAUCUUGGAUGCCGAAGCCAGGGAAGUGGAGACCGUCAGGAUUGGGGACAGACUCGCCUUCAGGAUUGAGAUCCCGGAAGAAACUCCCUACGGUAUCUUUGCCCGAAGCUGUGUUGCCAUGGGGAAAGACUCGAGCUCCACCUUCCAAAUUAUCGAUGACGAAGGAUGCCCCGUCGAGCCUUCCAUCUUCCCUCAGUUCAUCCGCGACGGCACCGCUGUUCAGUCAGUGUACGAGGCCUUCCGCUUCACCGAGUCCUAUGGCGUCAUCUUCCAGUGCAACGUCAAGUACUGCCUUGGGCCUUGUGAGCCUGCAAGGUGCCAAGUGGGACGCGAACAGCUGGAGUCCUGGGGAAGGAAGCGUCGAGGCGUCAACAACCCCAGAGACGGCCGCGGACACGUGCAGGAGACCACUAAGGAGGAGGCGAUAGCGGCGGCCGAGCGCAAGAGCAGCGGCGCGAGCGAGAUGAGCAUCAGCCAAGAGAUCCUGGUGCUGGACCUCGGCGACGACCAGAGUCCGCAGUACCGCGAGAAGUCCGGACUCGAGGCCAACAACAACUACUACACUAACAACACGUACAACUACGAAGCCGCCGACGUCACCCUCUUCGAAACGUGCCCAACGAGAUCGUCCGUCCUCGCCCUGGCCGUGACCUGUGCCAUCCUGCUGCUAAUCUACGUCCUCACCGUCUUCUACUUCGUCAUGAGAAAGUGGUUCCGUCCCUCGAAGAACGUGCGGUAAUGUGCGGCGUCGAAGAGAGUGAAGAACGUUACUGUGGGGAGGGGGAAGGGAGGAAGGAACGGCAAGCUUGAACGCCACUGGAAUAAGAAGACGAAGACGAGCAUGCGGUGCAACCUCCCUGAUUUCUCCUUGCUCGUCCCCGUCCAAAAUAGGCGAUUGAGAAAGAUUCAAUUCAUGCGCAAUGAAUUCUAAAAAAAACAAAUUUAGGUUUAAGGAUCGACAUGAUUGUGUCGAUGACAGGCAGAGGUAGAAGUUGGUUUGGGAAAUGGGAACUGGAUGGCCGAUCCCUUCGUCCAAGUUACGAACCAGAGAGGAAAAAAACCUUCGAUCGCCCAUUUUGAAACAUCUUUAAAAAGUAACAUUCCUCAACAAACAAAACAAAAACACAAAACAAGAACAAAAAUAAAAGCAUCGAAUUUUCCCAAUUGAUUUCAGAAUGUGAUUUACAGUUAGUUCAUGAUGGCGCCAUCGACAGUUUCUCCUUUUUUCCGAAAACAACUGUUUACUCAUGCCAGUGGAGUCCCAGUGUUGGAGGCAUUAUUAUUACUUAUAGACCCGGGCAUUUAACUACAAGACCGGCAUCAAGAAGACAUUUCCAUGGGCAUUGGAAACCAAAACUAUUAGAUUAAUCCUUUUUUUUUUUUUGUCUAAACCGAUCUGUGGAUUACUUUAGGAACGUAACAAAAUCGGAAUAAGGUUCAGGUGAUUUGAUUAAUAGACCGAGAGAAAUGAGAUCACCUGGGUGGUGUUAGAUAGGUGUUGAAAACCUCUUAGUUGCUUUAGCUGCCACAGCCGCUGACUUGGCCUGUGGUGGGGAGAAAAAGAAUAAUAAUCCCCGUUUCUACUGCUGUGAUCCGGAAGUGGUCCUUAACGCCAUUAUAUCAUGGAUGUAGUUUUACACACGCAUUAACUCGAACGUUAUAUUCAUAAUGCUAGUUCUGACCAGCUUAGAGAGUGUCCAAGCGAAUUACUGACUAAUGAAUUCAGCCAUAGUCUUUCUAAGUCCAGGUUGAGUUCAGCUUCCUUAGAGUGUUAGCGGAUUCCUUUGACGUUAAAACGAAAUUUGUCCCAUUGCUGAUUCGUUGCUGAAGCCUUAGUUAUUCCCUCCUUUGAGUAAAAUGAUGAAACAUCAGAAAAAAAAUAAUGAUUUUUAUUUAUUUAUUUAUUUAUUUAUUUAAUUUCUGUUCCUCGUUAGGUAUUUUAGUUUGUAGGUGGAUAAAUAUAAAAAAUAUAUAUAUAAAAACAAAUCACUUGCACCAUUAAACUCCUGUAAACGGAAAAACUACGGCUUUUUAGUCACUUUCAUUGCAUAAACUCCGACGUCGAAGUCAGAUUGCACGCGACGGAACGAGUCAGCGACGAGGACAAAUUAAUGGGGCGAUUUUUUUUUUCUUUUUUUUUAACAUUUUUUUCAUACAUUUUUUUUAUUUUUUUUUAUAAUUCUUCAUUUUGGAAAGCUGCGGGAAAGAGCCAGCACAAGGGGUUGGAUAACAAAGACGCAUUAAGAUGAGUUUGAAAACAUCAUUUUUGUUUUCAUUUCUUUUCAAAAUUAUUGAAGAUACGAUAGUUCUUGAGCAAAGUUGCUGCUUCAGAUACAGAUCCUGAGCCGUACAAAGUUCAAACCAUUAUCAAAUAUGAAAAAAAAACCUUUCCAAUCACAUAUACAAAUCAAAGGCAUUAAAAAAAAAAACUAUAGUGGCAUUAAAUAUUUAUGUAUCAUUAAGCAGAUUACUCACAACAGCUAAUUAUAUGAAUAAUUACGCUGCCGUGAGAUGUGAACGAACACCCCGCUGGCCCUCUCACCCGGCUGAUUAUGGUGAUUGGUAAAAUUUAUUCCAUAAUUCUUGUUGCUUCCUAUUUAUUUGCAUUGUUUUUGUUUGUAAAUACUCUGUUUUUAUUUAUUAUGCUAUUUAUGUAGUGUGUUUCUUAUGUUUGUCUAAGAUAUGAACAAUAAAACAUUUCUAAAAUAG